UGUCAAAUUCGUACGUAUAAAAUUUGAGGUUACAAAUUGCUUUACGUAAAAAUAUAAAUUAAAUCUGUAUACGAAAUGCCGCUGCCACCAGCUAGUGGAACUGGUCGGUACUUUGCCAAAGCAGCAAAAUCCAUACGUUUGGUCCGACAUGGCUGCACUAACAGGCCGUUCUUUCAUAUUUCCGUAACUCAUCGCAAAAGGACAACUACACAGCCAGUGAUUGAACAACUAGGAUCCUUUGAUCCAAUGUCAAAUGUAUACAAUGAGAAAUUAGUAGCCCUGAAUCUGGAAAGACUGAAGUAUUGGCUUGGUAAGGGGGCUCACGUUACGCCACCAGUAGCAGAGCUAUUAGGUUUAUCUGGCUUCUUCCCAAUCCACCCUCGCUCCUACAUGACUGCGUGGCGGAACCGAGAAGCGGAGGAGUUGGCGCAGCAACAGGAAGCUGAGAAGGCGGCCAGUGCUCCUGCUACCUCUUAGAUAGUUUUAUUUAGCUUGUUAGUUUAAUAAAUAGUGUAAAUAUAA